CUGAGCGGUCGGCCAUCUUCGCGGUUUUUUUGUGUUCGGACCGUGAUGUGCUUUUGGCCGGUGUGAUUGCUCGCUGGUCUGCCGGAGCGGUGACCCUCGGAAUCGGAGACAGGAACAAAGGACCAAAGAUGCAGCCAUUCCAGUCCACGACCAGGCCCGAGGGUCCGCGGGAGUCGUCCCCAGAGCGCGCCAAGUCUCCGGAUACGCCGACCGCCCCGGUACUCAACUUCUCCAUCGCCAAGCUUAUGGAGCCUGAUAGGAAGAAGUCGGUCUCCCCUGAACUGCCACCACCUCCAGGGUUCCUGUCUUAUGGAGCUCAACUUCUGGAUUCAGCCUUCAAACAGUACAUACCAGCGACUCGAAGACAAUUAGUUUCGCAUUACCCUCUACUCUACUAUGGUCCAGAUUUAGUAUCGUUAACCUACGCCCACCAACUUCACCUUCCUCGCCCCCCUCCAGCGCCAUCUCCAGUCCAGAGGCAACCAAGUCCUCGUCCACCAGCGGCGGAACACGCUGUCUCCUCCACAACUGGCCCCACACCGUCCCCAGCGAAGAACAAGAGCUUCGCGUGUGGAGAUUGCGGUAAAGUGUUCAAUGCCCACUACAAUUUGACCAGGCACAUGCCGGUCCACACUGGAGCCAGACCGUUCGUCUGUAAGAUAUGUGGCAAAGGCUUCCGUCAGGCAUCAACUUUAUGCCGGCAUAAAAUUAUCCAUACUUCCGAGAAGCCUCACAAAUGCCUGACGUGUGGGAAGGCGUUCAACAGAUCCUCCACCCUGAACACUCACGCCAGGAUCCAUGCCGGUUAUAAGCCUUUCGUUUGCGAGUUUUGUGGCAAAGGUUUCCAUCAAAAAGGGAAUUAUAAGAACCACCGACUGACUCACAGCGGAGAAAAAGCAUACAAGUGUAACAUAUGCAAUAAAGCCUUCCAUCAGAUCUAUAACCUGACGUUCCACAUGCACACACACAAUGAGCGGAAGCCGUUUACCUGCAGCAUAUGCGCGAAAGGGUUCUGCAGGAACUUCGACCUGAAGAAACAUACUAGGAAAUUGCACAUGGGCAGCUCGAACAAUGGAGACUCCUCUCUUGACACUCAGGAUGAGUCCACGCAGGAGGCGUCCACCAGUCCAGGGGAGGAGGCGAGCAGGGCAGCAUUCAGACCGUUUUUGGGCGCGACGUACCCAAGAAUCCUGGACCCUGCGCGGAUGACGGCCCCUAACACGUUUUUCUCGAAGCUAUUGUGACCCCCGGCGGGCUUCAACAACUACGAUGAGAAUAAUGGGUGAAUUGACGAAGGAUUUGAUGAACAGAAGAUAAUUGAGUAUAUUCUGCGGUCUAGGCUGCCGCUGAUGUGUUGUAUAACGUAAGAGUGUUCGCAAGAAACAUUAUUUACAAACAGUUUGAAAGAAGCGCGAUAUAAAUUAGAACGUAAGAAUUUGCCUUUGCCGUUAAAACCUACACUUAUCCUCUCA